AUGGCGUCGCGUGGGAGAGCAACAGCAGCGCGCUUCUGGCUCUUGGCCGCGGCAUCGCUGCUCGUCGCGGCGGCGUCCGCGCGAUCCGGCCCCGGCGAGUGCACGUCGGCGCUGGUGAGCCUGUCGCCGUGCGUCGACUACAUGUGCCGCGACGAGGCGACGUCGGCGCUCGCCCGGUGCUGCUCGCAGCUCAGGUCCGUGGCACGGUCGAGGCUGCAGUGCCUCUGCGCCGCGCUCGGCGUCGACCGGACCACCGCGCUCAGCCUCCGUGUUGUGUGCAACGUCCAGACAGUCAGCGAGUGCGAGAGCGCGUGCAGCGGUUCCGUGGGCGCGGGCUCGACGCAGGCGUUUGAAGGUGAAGGUGACGCCUUACCUGGCACCCCAUUGUAUGGUACGUAG